UUUGAAAAUAUGUAUAAAAAGAUCCAAACCGACGCGAAAGCACAAGUAGAUAACACCCAAGUGGGAAAAACAAACGGUGAAGUGUCGAAACACCAAGAAAACGCUAUUUUAAAGCUCGUUGUGGGUAUUUUAAACCUUAAACGAUGGAAUGAACUGAAAAUCCUUUUCUGCUGCAAAUCGAAUGAACAGUUUGCGUCUAAGUUGUUGGAUAUUGCUCAAGACUACUUAAUUGGGAAUGGUAUUAUUAAUGGGACCAAAAAGACUGGCAAUAAAAACGAACCGAAAAUUGACGCAAAUAUGGGAGCGUCAGCGAAACAGAAUAUUGUUAAUGACCAAAAUGAAAGUACUCACGCGUCAGAAAUUUUGGGAUCCAGUGGAGAGGUAAAACAGCAGGAUCCAAUAAACCUAGAUACUGUUGCAAUUAUGGAAGCAAAUAUUAAAGAAAAUGAAGACAAACCCAAGAAAAAAAAGCUUACUUGCCAUACCAAAAAGGAUAAAUCAAAAGAUGUUGAUAUAAGAAGAGCUCCACAGCUGGAAAAUCAGGUAGAUAAUUCUAAAGAAAAUAAUGAGAAAUCUCCAGAAAAUUUGGCUGCUAUAAGGAUCAAGCACUGUCAAAAUUGUAGUACAAGGCAUAUAGAAGAUCACUGCCCUAUUAACUAUCCUCAUUUCAUAGUGAAUGAUAAUAUAACAGUUGAUAGUUGGAAUGAAAAGUACAAAAAUAUACAUGAACUAGAAAGCAGUAAAUCUAUAAAAGCUGAAAAAGAUGAGGAAGUUGACAAAAAUAAAUUUGCUUUUGCAAGAGUCUCCUUACCCAAUGUGUUUAAAUUCUCAGAUACUAAUUCAAGUCACGGCUUGGGAGUGGUAGCAUCCACUCAAAUUCAGCCUUUUACACAAUUUGGACCACUAAUAGGUAAAACAAUAAAAGAGGUGGACAUCCAAGAAGAUUCAGGCAUGAAAGAUAUCUGGGAAAUAUCUUUAGAAAAUGGGAACAUUUAUGUAAGUACGGAAGAUAUUGAAUAUUCAAACUGGAUGAAGUAUGUUAGACCUGCACCUUCAAGAAGUGAGAAAAAUCUAAGUGUAAUAUGUAAGGAAAAUAAAAUUUAUUUUGUCAGUGUUAAAUUUAUUACUGAUGGAGAUGAACUGUUUUAUUGGCAAGAUAGUCCAUUGUCAAAUAGCAAAAAGAAACUUGAGAAAACAAUUUGUGGAGGAUGUAACAUGACAUUCGCUCAUCCAUUGUACUACAGAACACACUGUUCUGUUUUUCACGACGUCAGGUACAGUUUGACAAUAAGGAAGUACCAUUGCAAAGUAUGUGGGGCCGCGGUUUUGGGCAAGGAGAAUAUUAUGAAACACGCGGCGGAACUUCACAAUGGUCAAGGUGCUUACCAGUGUCAAUUCUGCAAAAAAUUUUUCCUAAGAUUAAAUUAUCUCGAAAUGCACCGGACCUAUGGAUGUUCUGCGAAUCCGCAUCGCGCGCGCCCUCUGUGCGAUUUCUGUGGACGCAAGUUUUGCCAACCGCAGAAACUUAAAGUUCACAUUAAACGAAUGCACAGCGGCUUGGAAAUACUGAAAGAGUUCCAGUGCAAAAAUUGCAUGAAGAUAUUAGGAUCAAGGGCUGCUUUGCAAAGGCACAUGAAGGAAGUGCAUCAAAAGCAGGGAGACGGGACUUGUUCUUGCAUCAGAUGUGGCAAACCAUUUCAGAACAAAUCGAAUUUGAAAAUCCACAUGUUGACACAUAGCGGUAUCAAACCUUUCAGGUGUGCAGAAGGCAGUUGUAAUGCAGCCUUUACUACGAAACAGUGCUUGCAGUUUCACUACAAAAAAGUUCACAAUUACGCGGAAGACACUAUGCCAAAAAUCGAGCGGAGCGUGAACUACACGUUUCAAGCCUACAGUGGACUAGAGGGUGAACGGGAUAAAAAUAAUGACGCGAACGAGGAUGAAAACGGUGAAAGGGAUGAGGAAGUUGACCAUAAUGACGAGGAGGGUUACUUGGAUGACGCAAGUCUGGACAGCAAAAGUAUGGACGAUCCGCCAGCCAAUCAAUCUCCCCUGGUCCUUCCCGAAGACCAAUCGCCCCCGCCACCUCCACAACCUCCCGAUCCACCCACUUCGCCGUCGAUAGACGUCUAUGUGACGCAAAUGUCGACCACGCCAUCCUCCAUGAAGGUCGUCAGCAAGGGUUCGAAAAAAUGGAUAGCGGACGAUCCGCCAUUGCUCAAGGCUUCUGACUUUUACUCGAUCGAAAGGUUGAGCAAAGACGACCUGACCAUACAAGAGCACGACCUGUACGACCGUAAAUUGCCGAAUAUGGCUGAUUUCAAUCGACAUGAGCCGUCUAACGCGAGCCUGCUGGUCGAAGCUGCCCUGGACUCGGUGUGUAGCGAGCCUAAUAUCGAUAUUGAUGUGAGCUCCGCCCCUAAUUGCGCCGACUCUUUGGUAAAUAAUCUCUACACCCUUACGCAACCUGACAAUUUGACGGAAGUCAAUUACGGUCUGGACGAAUCGAGAGAUAUAAGUUUGAUGUCACCCUCGGUCAAUGAUCACAUAUCCGUAACCGAUGAGCUCGGCGACGAGCUGCAGCAAAAUCGUAACAUUGGUCUGGAUUACUCCAGCUUUCACCAAGAGGGUUUCAGUCCGGCGACGAGUCCCUGUAACGUGCAAAGAACCAACUUCGUCAAGAAUUACAUCAACAGUUUGUCACCAAAACAGAACGGCGCGUUCGACGGAAAUAAAAAUGGUUCGCCGGUACCGAGUCCGCCGCGUUAUGACUUCGGUCACGGAGGUACCGUCGAACAUAACCUGUCUUCGGACGAAAGCAGUGGCAUGGCCGCUCAGAACUUGAGCUUGCACGGCACCAAGACCGACAUCCAGCUCGACUUGUCGGUAUACAAGCCGGGUUAUAAAAUCGACUACUUGCGCAGGUUGAAAUUUGAAGGUGAAGGAACGGUAGCGAGCGGCGGCGGAACUAAUAAUCUCGAAACGGAAGUAGACAUAGGCCCGAGUCUGACCAACAGCCUUCAAGAAACCGACGAAAGGCUGAAAUACCACGACGAAUUGUCUGCGGAAAUUCGCAGCAAAUUCGAAUUGGAUCUGGACAUGAGGUUGAAAAAUUACGAGAGCAUUGACGCGGAAAUCCUUCGCCAAAGAAGUGCGACUUACGAGAACGUUACAACAGGGACCGAUCUCGAAUUCAGGAACAAGGGUUACGAUAUUGUGGACUGCGUGGAAACGGAUUUUAGGACCGACAGAAAUUUCGAACCGCUCGUGUUGAACUCAUCGGAGCUUCAGGGUUUGGAUAUGUCAGCUAGGAGUUUCCACAAUUAUUCAAACAUAAAUCGGUACCACCAUCUUUACCCGGAUGUGGACAGGGUGGACUUGAGAUUAAAUUAUAGUCCGCCGCCUCCGCCGUACGACCUAAUGAGGGUAGUAUCUUUGGAUUUGACCCCACCCGGACGUCACAGCGUAGAUUUGAGUUUGAGGAGUCACCCGUUGCACCAGAUUGCCAACACCAGGCUGUUAACGGAACACACCCUCCAAAGCAACCACAGACUUUUGGAUCAGACCAGAUUGUUAACGGGUGAUUUGAGUGGGGGUAGGUUAGGGGACGGUCGGUUGCUUUCCGAAAGUGGGGGAAGGAUACUGUCGGACCACACUACUAAUAGGAUUUUAGGAAAUAACGAUCAUUUGCUAACCACUGAUCAGAGCCGGUUAAUCACCGAAGAAAGCAGAUUACUUGGGGAUCAAUCCAGGCUACACGAGCAAAGGCCAUUAAUAAGUGACAGUAGAAUUCUACCGUCCGCAACGCCAACGGGGCCUGUGUCGCCUCCCGUCGCACCGUUCGCGGGCUACUCGAACGUGUCACAGACUCCAUAUCAUCCUACUCCACUAGCCCCUAGACCGCACGUAACGUCACCAACUGCCUCCCCAUAUCACCACUACACAACGUAUUACUAAAUAUGUUCCCCUGUGUGAUCUGACCAAUAUUACUUGUAUAGUUAACUUUUUCUCAAGUAUUCUGAAUGCCAUAAUCUUGUCGAACGAUGUCUUUGUAUGGUUAAACCUAAUUUUAAGAAAACAGAUCUCUUGUUUUAUAACUUGUGCCAAAAUGGAGUGCUAAAAUCUGUAUACAAUGUUGGUAUUUCUUAUUAAAAUAUGUGCUUUGUAUUUUU